AUUCUCUUCUCUUUGGUUGUUUUUAUAUGUGGUUGUUCUUAUUUUUAUCAAAAUUUAUUAGUUUUAUUACCUACCUUCUAUCUCUAAUUAGUUUACGAUCAAAAUACCAAAUCUGAUUUUUAACUUGGUUCUUUAUUGCUUAUACAUUUUCAGUUUAAUUCUGAAAUCGAGUGAUUUUUUUUUACAAAAUGAUGCCAGGAAGGAUAGGUAACAUGCCACUUGCUGCCGAAAAUCCUCUUGGAUUGUCUUGGCAUGACUCCGCUUGGAUUCCACUUCUGAGCCCUUCCAACAUUAUGGAUUAUUUUUCUGAACGAUCUAAUCCAUUUUUUGACCGAACUUGUAACAACGAAGUUGUUAAAAUGCAACGUCUUAGCAUGGAUCAACUGCAGAACAUGACUGGGUUAGAGUAUAUAUUGCUGCAUGUGCAAGAUCCUAUUUUAUAUGUCAUAAGAAAGCAACAUAGACACAGUCCCAAUCAGGCCACACCUCUUGCAGACUACUAUAUCAUUGCUGGUAUUGUAUACCAAGCUCCAGAUUUGGCUAGCGUUCUCAAUUCAAGAUUGUUAUCUGCUGUUCAUCAUUUGCAAUGUUCCUUUGAAGAAACCAUGUCAUAUUCUAAGUAUCACCCAAGCAAAGGGUAUUGGUGGGAUUUUAAACCAACAAAGCCAGGUUUGAGUCCAUAUAAUGCCAGUCAAUCUGCCCCCAAAGAAACAUCAACAACCCCCAAGGAAGAGCCAUCGACUUUGUUCCAGCGUCAAAGAGUGGACAUGCUACUGGCCGAAUUAGUGCGACAGUUUCCAUUGCCUCUAGCCUCAAGCUCAACUAAUCAGACUAAUGGUGUGACUAUUAAAACAGAAAAUGUAAAUGAGAAAGAGAAGUCAGCAGAUGUAAAUAAUGUGGCUGUAACAAUCAAACAGGAGCCUGUUGAGCCCGGCAACUCUGACAUGACCAAUGGUAACAUUCAAGGUCAUGUGGAAAUCAAAACUGAAAUUAAACAAGAAAACAUGAAACCACCUCCAGAGAAAAAACCAAGAUUAUGAAUAAUGUAGAAAUAACUUUAAUUCUUAAGUAAAUAAAUAUUCAAAAAAUACCAAAUUAA